CUUGACCAAUGAGAGUUCUUGAACAACCAGUGGAAACCCCACUUCCUCUGUUGGGUGCAAGAAGCAAGCGCUUGAGUCGAGCAACCCUUCUCUCUCGCUGCUGGCUGUUAUAAUAAGGUAGCAAUGUUGUUCACUGGCUGGAAUGUGGCCAUUUUUUGCGUUCUUCUUCUCUGUGAUGUAGCUGGUAGUGCAACUGGUAGGCAAUUGCCUAAUUCAACGAUUAAACCUGGGUCUCCUAUCCCUGUCAAAACCAAUGAUCCAGGAGUUCAGAGAGCUGCUAGAUUUGGUGUUUACCGAUACAACAACAGUUCAAACGACAUCUUUCUAUUCAAAGAAUCUCAUAUAAACAAAGCCAUGAUGCAGGUUGUGAGAGGGAUGAAAUACAGACUUGAUGUUGAUAUCAGCCGGACAGUGUGCAGCAAAAGAAUACAUCCCAACUUGGACAGAUGUGAUUUCCAGAAGAAAAAGGCACUGAUACAAACAUUCAGAUGCUAUUUUGAAGUCUGGAUUACCCCCUGGCUGCACCAAGUCCAAGUGCCAAUCUCCCUCUGUCAAUGAAUUAUCCCCAAUAAAAGCAAUGGACUCUACAUUUUUGGCUUUGUAUUAGUUGUUCUAAUUGUCAGUAAAGACACUGUUCUGUAAACAA